CAGGCGCAACGGGAGCAGCUGUAGCAGGAGGGAUAGCGGGAGGAAUUUCGGCAACUGGGUUAGGACUGAUAACUGAAGUGGUUGUCAUCGUUGGUGCUGAUUUAGGUGGCGGAUGGUUGAAGCGACUGAUAGACCACCAACCCUACACUUUCAAAGACAUGAAAGAUGACUUUAUGAAAUCCUUAAAAGGAAUGGCUGAAAGCAGGAUAUUGCGUUUACCAGGCAGAAUACUGAAAAGAAUGGUUCAAGCUUAUUUUCAGUGCAGGGCAAACAAGGAAAUAUGUGAGAUGCCUAAGAAAUGGUUACAGGAACUUUGGAAUAUAUUUGUUGAAUGGGUUAUAUCGAAAGAUCCGAAUGAUAUUCUAGGACCCACUGGAUUUGGAGCAGCAAGGUUUAUAAACAAAGAAUCAAGACUGAAAUACAAAAUAAGAUUUGAAAAUGAUGAGAAUGCAACAGCUCCAGCUCAAAGAGUUUACAUCGAGCAUAAGUAUAAUAAAAAUCUAGAUCCAAGGACAUUCCGACUGGAAGAUGUUGUUUUCGGAAAUUUUAAAAAACAGGUCAACAGCAAGAUUUUGCAGGAUAACAUAGAUCUUACGAUCGAGCAUGGAAUUGUGCUACGGGCAUUUUCGGGCCUUGAUUUAGUGAAACAGACAGUAGUUUGGGAAUUCCAGUCACUUGAUCCACAAACAGGUGAGGCGCCAGUAGAUCCAGGUAUAGGAUUCCUUCCUCCAAACAAUGGGACAUCUGGGCAAGGUUAUGUGACAUUCUCUAUUCAGCCACACGAAGAUGUUGAGCAAAUUUUUCUACAAUACACGCCAAUGCUUCAUAAUACUUUGAUGAAAAUGAUCCCAUUGAUACACCAAAUAUAUUUAACACGAUUGACGUCAGGCCACCUGCUGUGAACGGAUCAGUUUUAACGGAGACCGAAUCACAAGAUGCUGUGACGUUAUCGUUCGACACCAUAGACUGGGGAGCAGGAGUGAAAUAUGUUGAUUUGUUUCAGUAUCAAGAUAACUGUUUUUCCAUGUUUAAACCCGGACUAACGGAAGAUAUCUAUGUCAUGCCCCUCCGCCCUGGUGAAUCAUACUUAUUAGUGGCAGUUGGCACCGACCAUGUUGGCAACCGAAUAAAAAUUCAGAACAUUGGAC